CGAAAAGGACCCUUUUUUGGAACUAGAAGUAUAAAUAGCUAAAAGUGAAGUGCUCGUUACGGGAAAGAGAGAGCGGUUGCUCUAACGCGCGGCAAAGCAGCGAAAGAUGUUGCAGAGCAAGUCGUUUGUUAGGAAGACAAAGCAAGGCAGAGUACUAAAGGUUGUAAGAGAGCAUUAUCUCAGAGACGAUAUCUACUGUGGAGCUUCAAUCUGCAAGGUCUGCGAUUCUUCAGCUGCUCGUCUUAGUUCAUCUGCUUCUACGAUCCUCGUUGUCGAUACCAAUGUUGUUCUCAAUCAGAUUGACUUGCUUGAGAAUCCGGCUAUCGAUGAUGUUGUUGUGCUAUCUGUGGUUCUUGAAGAGGUGAAAAACAAGAAUCUUUCUGUUUAUAACAGAAUUCGUGCCCUUUGCAGCAAUUCUCUGCGGAAUUUUUUUGUGUUUUCAAAUGAACACCACAAGGACACCUAUGUUAAGGCCAUGGUUGGGGAAAGUCCAAAUGAUCGGAAUGAUAGAGCAAUUCGGGUAGCAACUCAGUGGUACCAAAAUCAUCUUGGUGGCAGUAUACGGGUAUUACUUAUUACCAAUGACAAAGAAAAUAAAAGAAAAGCCACUGAAGAAGGCAUUUCUGCAGAGACAGUUGAAUCAUAUGUAAAAUCACUUGGUCAGCCAAAUUUGCUUGACCUGCUUGUGCAUCCUACCUCUGAAGAUGUGGGAAUGGAGGAAGUUGAGGAUCUGAGGCCUUCGAAAAGAAAGGUCAUUUAUAGUGAGCACAAGCCCAUGUCAGAGAUUACUUCUGGUUUGCAUCGUGGAAUCUACCAUCAAGGAAAACUUCGUGUUAAUCGUUAUAAUCCAUUUGAAGCAUAUGUUGGAAGUGAGAGUAUUGGUGAUGAAAUAAUUAUUUAUGGUCGGGGUAACAUGAAUAGGGCAUUUGAUGGUGAUAUAGUGGCAGUGGAGCUCUUGCCCCGUGAUCAAUGGCAAGAGGGGAAGUCUCUAUCUAUAGCAGAUGAUGAGGAUGAGGAAGAAGAAGAUGUACACUUGGUCCCAAGUAGUGCUGAUGAUGCUCCCAGAAAUGCAAAUGUAGUACAAAGUUCUGCAGGAGAUGUGAAUCCCAUUUCAUGUCGUCCAUGUGGGCGUGUUGUUGGUGUUAUCAAGCGAAACUGGCACUCUUAUUGUGGGUCUUUGGAGCCAAUGCCUAUGCCUGCAGCUAAUGGUGGUGUUGCACAUGCUUUAUUUGUGUCCAAAGAUCGCAGAAUUCCUAAGAUUCGAAUUCAAACACGACAGCUUGGGAAUCUUUUGGACAAGAGAAUCAUUGUGGCUGUUGAUUCUUGGGAUUGUUUAUCGCGAUAUCCUUCUGGUCACUAUGUAAGGACCAUUGGGGAAAUUGGUGACAGAGAUACUGAAAGCGAGGUGGUUUUAAUUGAGAAUGACAUAGACUCUAGACCAUUUUCUGCUCAAGUGUUGGCUUGCUUGCCACCCUUACCAUGGUCAUUAUCCUCGGAAGAUCUCGCAAAUCCUAACAGACAGGAUUUGCGACAUUUGCGUGUUUUUAGUGUUGAUCCUCCAGGAUGCAAGGAUAUUGAUGAUGCAUUGCACUGUACAGCUCUUUCAAAUGGAAACUUUGAAGUGGGAGUUCAUAUUGCUGAUGUAACGAAUUUUGUUCACCCUGGUACCCCACUUGAUGAUGAAGCUUCACAGAGGGGUACAUCUGUUUAUCUUGUUGAGCGUCGAAUUGAUAUGCUACCAAAACCCCUAACAGAAGAUAUAUGUUCUCUUCGAUCUGAUGUUGAGAGGCUAGCCUUUUCUGUUAUUUGGGAAAUGACACCUCAGGCAGAGAUUAUUUCCACAAGAUACACAAAAAGUGCCAUUAAAUCCUGUGCAGCAUUGUCAUAUGUUGAAGCUCAAGCCAGGAUGGACGAUAGUCGCCUGAUGGAUCCAUUAACCACUGAUCUGCGGAAUAUGAAUGCUUUAGCAAAGAUUAUGAGGCUCAGACGAAUUGAAAGAGGAGCUUUAACUCUUGCUUCUGCAGAAGUGAAAUUUCAAAUUGAUACUGAAACUCAUGAUCCUCUUGAUAUUGGAAUGUAUCAAAUUCGAGAAGCAAACCAAAUGGUUGAGGAGUUCAUGCUUGCUGCUAAUGUUUCAGUUGCAGAGAAAAUCUUGAAACACUUUCCUCUGUGUUCACUGCUCAGGCGUCAUCCUAUUCCAACCAAAGAAAUGCUUGAGCCUUUGCUGCGUACAGCAGUUGCUGUUGGUCUCCAUUUGGAUGUUUCAUCAUCGAAAGCACUUGCUGAUUCACUUGAUCAUGCCAUAGGUGAUGAUCCAUACUUUAACAAGCUGAUCCGGAUAUUGGCGACUAGAUGCAUGACCCAGGCAGUUUACUUCUCUAGUGGGGACCUCACUCCUCCAGAGUUCCAUCACUAUGGGUUGGCAGCACCUCUCUAUACUCACUUCACAUCUCCCAUACGUAGAUACCCAGAUGUCAUUGUGCACCGGUUGCUUGCUGCAGCCUUGGGGAUAUACAGACUUCCACCAAUAUUCCAAGACAGACCUCAGCUAACCAGUAUUGCCGAUAAUUUGAAUUAUCGACAUAGAAAUGCCCAGAUGGCCAGCCGGGCAUCGGUAGAGCUCCACACGCUUGUCUAUUUCAGGAAAAGGCCUACAGACACUGAAGCCAGAAUAGUGAAGAUACGAUCGAAUGGUUUUAUUGUUUUUGUACCCAAGUAUGGUAUUGAAGGUCCUGUAUAUUUGACUGCAAGAGGUGAGAAGGGAGGAGGGGAAUGGUUCGUUGAUGAGGAGCACCAGAAAGUGAAGAAGACGGAUGGUAGCAUCAUUUACAGUGUUCUACAGACAGUGAGGAUUCACCUGGAGGUUGUAGAACCCCAACCAAAUCGGCCAAAGCUUCAGCUCACCCUUAUUUAGGAGGUAUGCAAUUUUAUGCACUAUUGCCUCCUGAAUUAUUUUUAAUGGGGGAACAGUAAUUUAUUGGUGGGUGGAUAUUCUACUGAAGCCAUAAGUAUUGGUGUGAAAUACCUUAAACCCCCUUGUUCAGAUAUGUGAUGUGCAAGGAUUGUAAUUUAUUUCUUGUAUAUUAGUAUCUAGCUUCUUGAGAGCCACCUUGUCAUUAUUGAUGUUUGACCUCUGUACUCUCGCUUCUUCUAUUAUGAAAAACUUGUGCAUCUUCUGUUUGAGCCC